UUCGUCAUAAAAAUCUGUGGAAACAAAUGCACCGUGGUUUGUUGUCACUUAGUUGGCAUAGAAACUGAUGCAGUGUUUGUGUUUACGACACGUCASSUCGCGGGGGGCACCGUGGAUGAAAGACGUGUUUCCCGCGGCGGGUCGUGUCCUCUUCUCUCCCGCGCUGCGUCGCAUCUGUGGCGGAGACGUUUCUGAAGAUGUGUCCGAGUCUCCUGCCUCUCCGCAGCUCACAGAUCACGCGUCUCUUUAUGUUCACUGGCCUUACUGUCUCAGAAGGUGCACCUACUGCAAUUUUAACAAGUACAUCCCCAAAGAGAACAACGACCACAUCAUGACCCAGUGCCUUCAGAAGGAAACAGAAACUUUGCUGCAGCUCAGUCAUGUUUCCAGCAUCACCUCUGUGUUUUUCGGUGGCGGGACUCCAAGCCUGGCUCCCGCCUCCGCUGUCGGCGCGGUCCUUGAGACCGUCUCCAAGCAGGCGAGUCUCUCAGGUGAGGCCGAAGUCACGCUGGAGGUCAACCCCACCCCCGUGGGAAUGUCGAGGUUAGAGGACUUCCGUCGUGCCGGGGUGAACCGCUUCUCCAUCGGGGUCCAGUCUCUGCAAGACGAGGACUUAAAAAGUCUGGGGAGGGACCACAGCUCUCUGGAGGCUUUACGGACCGUGGAGGAGGCCAGGAGGCUGUGCCCCGGCCGGGUGUCGGUGGACGUCAUGUUCGGACGACCCGGACAGACGGUUGGAUCCUGGGAAGAGGAGCUGUCGGAGCUGUUGGGGGUGUGCGACGACCACGUGUCUCUGUAUCAGCUGACCCUUGAGCGAGGCACUCGGCUCUUCAAACAGGUCCAGGACGGCCACGUGGACACGCCCGCCGAGGAGGCCAUGGCAGAGAUGUACCGACAUGCCAGGAAGACUCUCCCACAGCACGGCUUCCUGCAGUAUGAAGUGUCCAACUUUGCCAGACGUAAUUCAGAGAGUCGCCACAACUUGAGCUACUGGAAGGGAAGACAGUACAUCGGCGUCGGUCCAGGAGCACAUGGGCGGUUUGCUCCUCUGGGGGAGGGAGGUGUCGUUCGCGAGGCCCGGACUCAGACUCUGGAGCCAGACGUGUGGAUCCGUGAAGUCCUGCAGAGAGGACACGGGACACGGAGGCGGAUACAGCUGGGCCAUCUCGAACUGCUGGAGGAGGUGCUGAUAAUGGGAAUGAGAAUGACUGAAGGCAUUACUCACAAGCACUGGAAGUUGUUCAGCCCUGAAUCAGACCUUUAUAAAACAUUCGGCGCAUCUGUCGGAGUCAAAGAGCUGCAGCGGAGCGGACAUCUGAUUCUUGAUGACAGGGGUCUGCGAUGCUCCUGGGARGGUUUGGCUGUACUGGACAGCUUACUUCCAGUUUUACUGGUGGAGCUGGAAAGGCAGAUCUCUUCAAACACCACACAGGAGCCUCUGUCUGGUUCCUGAAAACCGAAGACCUACAACCUUUUUGUAAUCGUUAUAUAAUAAAACUUUUAAAGAAAUCA